GGAGAGUAUUUUUUAUAGUCUAUGGAGUAGACGCGACAUUUGCCGCAAGUAGAAAGGAGUGGAGCGAUUGAGAACGAAAACGCUUCUUUCAUGUGGAUUACUUCUGGAAAAAAUAAACCCCUACCAAAAGCGGAAACUAGCUAAUACAUUAGGAACAACAUCAAAGACUGGAAUUAUACGGUCGCUGUCUACAGGACCCAACCCAUGAUGUACAGCGCCUGCUCUACAGUCCCACCCACUUCCUGUCUGUAGAGGAAGCGGCUCCACCAGUAUGUCUUCCCACCCCCAGUCUGUGCCUCAGGGCCGGAGGGCUGUGGACACCCGCCACCUGCCAAACCCUGCCAGUCUACCACUGCAGCUGGCACGGGCACACACGGAUCUGGGAAUGGCGGACUAUCACCCUCAAUCUCGGGACUACAGCUCCCACCUGGCUCAGCCCCACCGCCGCAGACCCUCUCUACUGUCCGAGUUCCAGCCAGGGAAUGAGAGAGGUCAGGAGCAACACAUCCGCUAUGAGCACAUAUACCUGCCUGAUCCCAACAGCCUAUCAGAGGUGGAAUAUGCUGAGAUGAAGCGUCCUCGGCUGGACAUGGGGGCGGAGUCUCUCAUGAGGCACUCAGCCCACCGCCCACAACUUCCUCUGGGAGGGGCAGAGGACAUGUCAAAGGACCGGGGCAGCUCCAUGGGGAAGCUGGAGCCAAUCUCCCCCGUCAGCCCGGCCCAGAUGGACCCUGAUCUGGACCUGGUGCCCGCUCGCUUCUCCAAGGAGGAGCUCAUCCAGAACAUGGAUCGUGUGGACCGGGAGAUUACAAUGGUGGAGCAACAGAUCUGCAAGCUACGCAAGAAACAGGUACAGCAACAGCUGGAGGAGGAGGCAGCAAAGCCCCAGGAGCCGGAGCGGUCCAUGAUCUCCCCUCCGCCCAGCGAGGCCAAGCACCGUAGCCUGGUGCAGAUCAUCUACGAUGAAAACAGGAAAAAGGCAGAGGAAGCUCACUGGAUUCUGGAAGGACUGGGACCCCGAGUAGAACUGCCUCUGUACAACCAGCCCUCCGAUACCAAGCAGUACCAUGAGAACAUCAAAAUAAACCAGGCGAUGAGGAAGAAGCUCAUUCUUUACUUCAAGAGGAGAAAUCAUGCUCGUAAGCAGUGGGAACAGAAGUUCUGCCAGCGCUAUGACCAGUUGAUGGAGGCCUGGGAGAAGAAAGUGGAGCGCAUUGAGAACAACCCCCGGCGCCGGGCCAAGGAGAGCAAGGUGCGCGAGUACUACGAGAAACAGUUCCCUGAGAUCCGCAAGCAGAGGGAGCUGCAGGAGCGCAUGCAGAGUAGCCGGGUGGGGCAGCGUGGAGGGGGAUUGGCCUCGUCUUCAGCCCGCAGUGAACACGAGGUCUCUGAGAUCAUCGACGGCAUAUCAGAGCAAGAGAACACCGAGAAGCAAAUGCGUCAGCUGGCGGUCAUCCCUCCCAUGCUAUUUGACGCAGAGCAGCAACGUAUCAAGUUCAUCAACAUGAACGGCCUGAUGGACGACCCCAUGAAGGUGUACAAGGACCGGCAGGUCAUGAACAUGUGGAGCGAGCAGGAGAAGGCCACCUUCCGUGAGAAGUUCAUCCAGCACCCAAAAAACUUUGGCCUGAUUGCUUCUUUCCUGGAGAGAAAGACUGUGGCAGAGAGUGUCCUCUUCUACUACCUGACCAAAAAGAACGAGAACUACAAGAACAUUGUGCGCAGGAACUAUCGGCGCCGUGGCAGGAGCCAGCAUGGCCAGCAGCAGCAACAACAACUGCAGGUGAACCGCAGCAGCCAGGAGGAGAAGGAGAAGGACAAGGAGGAGAAGGAGAAGGAGAAGGAGAGGGAGAAGGAGAAGGAGAAGGAGAAAGAGAAGGAGGGAGAGAAGGAUGAGGAGAAGACUGAGGGGGAAGACAAGGAGGAUGUAAUGAAGGACGACACCUCCGGCGAGGACGGGGAGGACAAAGAGCCCACUGUGGCUUUCAAGGGUCGACGCACGGCCAACAGCCAGGGCCGGCGCAAGGGCCGCGUCACCCGCUCCAUGACCAGCGAGGUGGAGGAGACCGCCACUCCACCGCUCAGCAGCGAACUCGCCAAUCUGGAGAUGAAUGAGAGCUCUCGCUGGACUGAAGAGGAGAUGGAAACCGCCAAAAAAGGUCUUCUCCAGUAUGGUAGGAAUUGGUCAGCCAUCGCCAAGAUGGUUGGCUCCAAAACUGUGUCACAGUGCAAGAACUUCUACUUCAACUACAAGAAAAGGCAGAAACUGGAUGAGAUUCUGCAGCAGCAUAAAAUGAAAUCGGAGAGAGAGCGUAAGGCGCGGCGUAAAGGCAAAGCCCUACAAAGUGAAGAGGCCAGCGCCCCGUCUGCUGCCGAGGAGGAGGAGAUGGAGGGUUCCGGGGCCAGCGGCAACGAGGAGGAAGCUCCCGAGGAUGGAGAAGGUGGGGCUAACAACAGCUCAGACACAGAGAGCCUGCCCUCUCCGCGUUCCUCUGAGGACAGCAAGGCUAAAGAGGAGGGUGGCGGUAGGGCCAAGGCUGGCUCCAAACCUGGGGACAAGGAGGCCUCAGGCUCCCACAUGGUCCAGGGAGGAGAUGAAAAGCCCCCAGGAGAUGGGGACAAGGCCAUCAAGCAGGAGGUGAAGACUGAAGCAGGGGAGGGUUGCAGGGAGCUACCCAGUGAAUCCACAGACGGAGACAGAAAGCCCCCCACUGCAGAGGCAGAGGAGAGCAAGAGCUCCUCCAAGAGCUCCAAGAGGGACCACGAGCCCAAGACUGGCUCCCAUGCAGACAGUGACUCUAGCGCCACCUGCAGCGCUGAUGAGGUGGAGGAGUCAGAGAACACCGAGAAGAACAGGAUGACGUCCCCAAACCGGCCCAGCCUUCUAAACUAUGCUCAUGAUGGGGUCAUCUCCUCCCCCCUGCAGAAGCCCAUGGACCUGAAGCAGCUCAAACAGAGGGCUGCGGCCAUCCCCCCUAUUAUGCCCCAGAUCCCGGAGGGUGGCCCGCGGGGUGGGGUUGGUAAGGCCGUGCUGCCCCCCCAUGCCCUGGCUCUCUACCAGCAGCAGAUCACCAUGGCCCACGGAGAGUCCUCCCAGGAGGCCAAGCAGCAGCAGCAUGCAGGUCAGCCCAGCAAACAGCACCCUUACCCAGCGCAGGGAGACAGAGACCCCCACAACAUCAGCAGCCCCCGUGUCCGCCCACGCAGCCCCUCCACCAGCGACAAGGACGAGCUGGAAGGCAACGAGAGGUGGCUGCAGACUCUACUUCACGGAUUACAUAAGUCCCGGGCCUUCUCUCCUCACGGAGACCCUAAGAAGCAGGCGGUGGGGCCAGAGGACCUGAGGGCCACUACCCUGGGCCGGCCUGUCAUGUCCCCCUACCCAAUGUCCCCUCGAGACAUGGCCAAGCUCAGCCACGAUCAACACCUGCUCCACUAUAACUCAUCUUUCCAGCAGGUUGGCCACUCUGGACCCCCUGGUCUGCAGCAGGAUGGCAUCAGGUUGGCAGCGGUGCGCCCCCUCCACAUGCCAGAGCCACCCCCUCUCAUCUCCUCCAACAAGCCAGGGGGGUCUAUUACACAGGGAACCCCAGUGCAGCUUCAUAGCCCGGCUCACGGGAUGGACCAUGGGAAGAUGCCCCCUGCACAGAUGGGUUUGUCCUGGAUGGAUCAGAGGAAAGUGGGUGAGUCCAAGUGUCUGGAGUGGGUGCAGCAUUCCCAGCCUUGGUUUGCUGGUCCCUACCCUGUGGUGAAGCAGGAGCAGCUGUCCCCGCGGUGCUCGUCCUCCCAGGCAGAGAACCUGUCCACGCAGGGGGCGCCCCACGACGCCAACGCUGGACGUGGGUCCAUGCCAGCGGUGCAGGGGGGCAGCAUCACGAAGGGCAUCCCUGGGACCAGAGUUCACCAGGACUCCCCCAUCUCCUACCGAGGAGGCUCCAUCACCCAGGGCACCCCGGCUGACGUUCUGUACAAGGGGACCAUAACCCGUCUGAUCACGGAAGACAAUCCCAGCAGGGCAGAGAGGGAGCGGGACGAGGCCCUGUCCAAAGGACAUGUGGUCUAUGAGGGCAUCAGCGGACACAUCCUCACCUAUGACCGCCUACCCUCUCAGAACCCUAAAGAAGAUGGCCGGGGCCAGCCUGGGGAGAUCUUGGGGCUGAAGCGCCCCUAUGAUGUCAUGGAGGGAGGGAUCUCCAGGGGGCUGCCCAUGAGGGACUCUCUGUCUGCAGCCAACUGUGAGGGUCUGAUGGGUAGAGCCAUGCCCCAUGAGAGAGACAGCCCACACCCGACCCACCACAUCCGUGGUUCCAUUUCACAGGGUAUCCCCCGUCACCUGGAACCCCAGGAUGGCUACAUGAGGCGAGAGCCCAAGCAGAUGAAGAGAGAGGGCUCCCCGCCCCGAGGGCCUAGCCAGAUGGCUGACCCCAUGAAGGGCCGAGACGGCAUGGUGCCCACCGUGAAGGAGGGGGGCCGAUCCAUCCACCUCAUUCCCAGAGAGGAGCUCCGACAGAUGCCCGAAGGCAUGAUGAUGGCCAAGGCUGGCAAAGAUGGCAUCAUAGCACAGGGUGCUCCAAUGAAGCAGGAGCAGGGUGGCUUAAGGAAGGGGCAUGACGUUCGUUCCAUCAUCGCCAGCUCCCCGCGCUCCCACUACGGCAUGCCCCCUCACCUGGAGAUGCGGGGGCCUGAGCAGCGGGGCCGCUACGAGGAAGGUCCUAAGGGUCGGCCCAGCGCUGUGGUCAGCACGGCCAGCUCCAUGGCUCGCUCCUCGCCUCUGGCCAUGGGGGGCGAUCAGGGUGGCAAGGCCCACCACAGCCCCGUUGGCUACGAGGAACACAAGGGUGGCAUGAGGGCUCCCUACACUGGGCCUUCUCACAGAGGAUCCCCGCUGUCCAGAGAAUCAGGCCAGCGGCAGCAUGAAGGCUCCAAUAAGAAUCAGCCUCAGGAGCGCAAGUCCACACCCACCCCUAGGGAGAUGAGCUCCGGCAAGUCAUCGCUGUCGGGCGUUGCCGAGCAGCAGGCCCAACAACAGGCCCAACAACAGGCAUCCCUGGCGUCAUACGAGCGUCUGCUGCAGGGUCUGGGGGCUGACGUGUACCGAGGUCAGAUCCCCCUGGCCUUUGACCCUGCUGCCCUGCGUCAGGGCAUCCCCAUCGACCCAGCAGCCUACUACCUGCCUCGUCACCUGGCCCCUAACCCUGGCUACCCUCACCCCUACCCCUACCUGAUCCGGGGCUUCCCUGACACGGCGGCCCUGGAGAACCGCCAGACGCUGCUCAACGACUACAUCACCUCCCAGCAGAUGCACCAGUGGCCUGCAGCCGCCGCCAUGGCUGCCCAGCGCUCAGACCUGCUGAGGGGGCUCUCACCACGGGACCAGCCCCUCCAACUGCCCUACUCUGCUGCCCCGCGCGGGAUCAUCGAUCUGUCUCAGGUGCCACACUUACCUGUCCUGGUCCCUCCCUCUGCAGGGUCUUCCGGCUCCCCCAUGGACCGCAUCACCUACAUCCCUGGAGCCUUCCCUAGCCAGCCAUACACCUCCUCUCCCAUCUCACCAGUUGGGCCCCAACACAUGAGCAAGCAGCAUGGCACACCAUCCUCUGCUGACCGCGAGCGAGAGAGAGACCGGGAGAGAGACCGCGAGAGGGAGCGGGAGAGAGACCGCGAGAGGGACAGGGAACAGGAGAGAGAGAGGGAGAGGGAUCGCGAGAGACAACGGGACAGAGACAGAGAGCGGGAGAGAGAGCGGGACAGGGACAGAGAAAAGGGGAUCUCUCAUGGCAACGUGGAACACGCACCCAUCUGGAGACCAGGCACAGAGCACAGCUCAGGUGGUAGUGUCAGGCCGUCCUCCCACUCUGGCUAUGGCCACCAGCACUCCCCGGUGUCCCCUCGCACCCAGGACAGUGUCCAGCAGAGGCCCAGCGUCCUGCACAACACUGGGGGCAAGAGUCUGCCUGUCAGCGACCACAACAACCCCUCUGUGCUAAGGUCCAUGCCAGGCUCAAAUCGCUACCCAGGCUACGCCUACCAUCAAAGCAUGGACUCUAAGGAAAUGAGCCGGGAUGGGGGCAAGAGUAGGGGAGGCCUUCCCAAACACACCCAAGACCAACAUGGGCCCUCUAUAUCCUCCAGCAAAUCUGACCCCAAGCUGGCCAGCCCUAACCAAGGGGGUUACCCCAGCCCCUACCCCCAGGGCUCUUCAGCCUCUCACCACUCAGGGCGACCCCCUCACCUGCUGCCCCCCCAGUCGGAUAACGCUGCUGGCCGCGGAGAAAGUGGCACACCUAGUAGGGAAAAGACUCAAAACAAACCGAUGUCCAUUCAGGAACAAGAGCUCCGAUCACUCGGUAAGACCACCAUGACUGCGGCCAACUUCAUAAACGCCAUUAUCAUGCGUCAAAUUUCUUGUGAAACGGGGAUGCCAGAGACGGGCUCGCUCGUGGCCAACAGCGCCAGUGAUGUUCAACAGAAGAUGAUGCCCAUGGAGCAGCACGGUCUGUACCGGCCUCCCUCUGAGGAGAGGCUGUCCCCGGGCCAGCAGCCCCAGUCCCCCCUGGUCAAAGGCAGCCAGAGGGUGGUCACCCUGGCCCAGCACAUCAGUGAGGUGAUCACCAAGGACUACACCCGGCAGAGCCAGCAGGCCCAGCAGCAGGUCCCUAUGCAGCAGUCUUACCAUAGCAACUCUGUCCUGGACCUGACCCGGCCCCCCAGCGCCCCCCAGGCCCCACCUGCCUCCCAGGAGCCCAGCCAGGGGCCUCGCUACACUCCAGAGGGAACCGGCGGGGAUCGUGCCCGAGACAGGUCCCCUCCUCAGCCCAAGGUGUCACCUGUCAAUAUGUCUACAGACGGCAUUGAGCCCGUGUCCCCUGCCGGAGCCAUGUCUGAGCCAGAGACACAAGGGGCCUCCUACCCCAACGAGCAGGGCAUGGGCUCUCGCUCCCCUCCCAGCACCUCCCAGCCCCCAGCCUUCUUCAGCAAGCUCACUGAGAGCACUUCGGCCAUCGUCAAGUCCAAGAAACAGGAGAUGAUCAAGAAGAUGACCGUGGUCGGCAGUGACGCCGACUUCAAUCCUGGUCAGCCAGGAACAGAGAUUUUCAACAUGCCUGCCUCUACCACUGCAGGACCUGUGAGUAUCCGCAGCCACCCGGCUCCCGAGGUGUCCGGUAACACCAUAGGGCUGGAGGCCAUUAUCAGAAAGGCCCUGAUGGGAAAGUAUGAUGAACAGGCCGAGGAGCGCCCUCCCUCCUCCAAUGCUAUUAACCCCAUGGUUGCCAGUGUGCCUGCCGCUAUGCUCCCAGCUGAUGGACGGACGGAGGACUCUUACUCACUGCAAGGUGGGGGGAAACCAAAGGGCAGCGGGCGUUCUAACGGGCGGAAGGCCAAAUCCCCCGGGCCGGGCCUGUCAGGGGGGGAGAGACCCUCCUCUGUGUCCUCUGUCCACUCUGAGGGGGAUGCCAACCGCCGCACGCCCGUCACCAACCGUGUCUGGGAGGACCGGCCCUCCUCCACAGGCGCAACACCCUUCCCGUGUAACCCCCUGACCAUGCGUUUCCCAAGUGGCAUGCCGGUGUCAAACCCCUCUCCUACCCCCUCUGGACAGAUAGGGGCUCAGGGCCAGGGCCGGUCCUGGGAGGAGGAGCCCAAGCCCCUGCUGUGUUCUCAGUAUGAGACCCUGUCUGACAGUGAGUGAGAGACCCUGCCAUGGAACAGAACAGCACCCGCCAACUAACCACCUCCACUGCUGCUGCAGGCACACACGUGACACACACACACACACACACACACACACACACACACACACACCAUUCCACUCUACAGCUCCAUCUCCACCCAGCAAGGGAGUACGACAGGACCUGACCUCUGGGCCUCCCAUCUCACACAGCUGACUGACGAUCACAAGCACCGAUGGGGGUGUGCUGAAACACUGCUGCUCCGUGUGUUAGUGUUUCAGUGUAUGCAGUCACUCCAGGACUACUCUAAAGGACAAAUCACUUGUUUUUUUUACUUCAUUUUCCCCCCUCUUACUGGCCUUAUUGAUACGGACACAUCAACUCAUGCGCUUGUUUGUAUACUGUUCUAGUGUCUUCUACGGUCUGUGGAAGGGACUUGGUACGGCCCCAUAAUCUGAUGCUCAUGUGUUUUCAUUUGGUCCGCGGAGUGAUUCACUUGCCCCUGGUCAAGGAUGGAUGUGUCCUCUGCUUGUACCGGAAGCCUGCUCUGUUCGGCCAUGUCAGGGCUCUAAACAGGGAUUCAACCUGGAUCUUCAGCUUGGAGAAGCCUGCUGCCUCCUCUGACCAGCAAACCCAACCAUAGUGGACAUGCAUCAGCACAGAAGUGUCUGUCUCUCUCUCUCUCUCUCUCUCUCUCUGUCUGUCUCUCUCGCUCUGCGCCAGUGACCCCUUGGACAGGGUGUGAACCACACAGAGUUCUGUUUGGAAAGGUCUGCUAGGGAAGUGGUCUUCCUACACUGGGUCAUUUCACUGUGCGGAGGGCAGGCGGACAGGCAUGUAGCCAGGCAUGCCAUCUAUUGUACAGUACUGUGGACACUGAGUUCAGACGGCCUGUGCAUUUCUACUACUGUUAGAAUGCAUCAGAUGAUGGACAGGAGGAGAAAACCAACACAGGAAAACAAUGUCUUUAUUUUAUUUUCUCCUUUUUAAAUCCAGUCAGUCCAGUCCUGUGUUUGAAAGUGAGCUGAGACCUUUAGUACUUUUGAUCGUGAAUGUUUUGAUGGUGUCAGUUUCUCUUAUUUUCAAUGAUCUAUCUUCGGGGGUUUACAGGGUAUACAUGCUGUCCAUUGCUGAUGUCAUCAUACAUUUGAAACGUUACUGGAGAACGGUGGUGGCAUUAUGGUCUCCAGACAUCCAAUAGAGAGAGCGGUCUGUGGGUGUGAUGGACGGCACGAAGAGACAAGUGACACUUUCUCACUGUUUUUAUAUCAACCACAUCUGUGUUUGUUGAGAAUGUUUUUGGAUGUUAAGCACUUAGUUGUCAAUUUGUUCACAACGGCAUUUUUAGGAAUCUGUUUCGGGCAGGCGAGAAUGGACUGGAGAAGACGAGUGUAGAGUCCUACUGUGGAGGCGUCCUCCUUUAACAUCUCUUUCAUUUGGUCUUGCCACCAACAUGCUUUAGUGCUCCCAAACUCCAGCGACAAUCACAGUUCUAGUGAAACAUUACCUAGUCCGCUUUGAGUGGGUGGAGACCAACCUUAAAGCUGCUUUAGGGCAAAUUUCUCAGCAUCAGAGUUGGAAUUUGCUUGCAUUAAAGAGGUGACAAAUGAAAGCCAUCAAUGUUUCUAUGCCUCUUGGUCCAUGGCGGUGCUGGCUGUGGCUGUAGUGUGAGCCCCAGCUGGCCUGCUGGAAGCCUGUCUCUUGGAGGGAACUCCUAAUGUCUCUAGGGGCUGCCUGUUGUGACAGUCUGACCUCUGAUUUUUUACUGUCUAGAGGAAGAGGAGCUCUGCCUAACGCCAGGCCAGAUGCACCUUCUUAUCGAGACCUGAUUUUGUACAGUUAUAAGAUAUUUCUAGUGUUAAGUGCCAUUUAUUUGACAUAAUACAGUACUGAAGUUACGAAGUGACGCACAAUUUUCUUUUUCAUUUUUUCCUAUCAUUUUUCUUCAUGCCAGGGUUAUACGUGUAGAUGCAGGGAAAUGUUGAAACCAAGAGCAGAUGAAACGUCCCCCUUUUGAUUUUUUUUCUUCUAAAUCUGUCACAGCCUUAGCUCUUAACUGUCACACAUUCAGUCAUGAUCCUGAUUCAGAGGAGGUUUAAAAGUCCAACAGUUGGUGUUCAUUUACCAUGUGUGAUUUUAAAUUUGUACCCAUUUUUAAAGGCCAUCUCUUUGUUGUUGAUGUGGUAUAUGACAGUGUUCAUGGCUUGUAAUUGAGUGUUGAAGCAAGAGACGCACAGCUAUUCUCAGUGUGACUGUUGUUGAGGGCGACUGCGGUGUGUUGUCCUGUCCGGUCCACUAGUUGGGAGCGGGUUGAGUUAGUCAUGAUGGAGACUUGUUAGUCAUGAACAUGUGUAACAGUUGUUGGACUGCCUGCGCUCUCCUCCCCCUUCAUCUUCACUUGAUAAUGUAACGCUUCCUACCCUGGCUACCUCAACUGGUCAUGUUUUACAUCUAGUCAGUCAAGGUGGAGGUCAAAUUAGACGUUUUUAACUGGGCCCAAUAAAACAGUUUCGGCCUCUCUACUUGUAUAUCAAUUUACUAUUCAUGAGGUCGUUGGGAGAGCAAAGUGACAGUACAUUUUGACAUGAUAGGAAGACAGAACCAUAUCUACAUGUUAGCUAAAUAAAUAGCAGAGGAAACUAGAAGAAUCCGUUUGAAAUGUACUGAUGUGUAUUUUAAGGAUUGAUGUGUUUCCCCUCUGGUUUCUGUUUGUUCUUUACACUGCUUGCUUUGAUUACUGUCAUGUCACUCUCCGUGCUAGAAGUUAGCCUUUCAUUGGUAAUGAAAAUAAUCAUUCAAGACGAACGAUAAACGAAUUAGUCAAAUGGCCGAUGCGAUCCCUGUAUUGUACAAGGGUGGGCGGGAGAGAUGGCAUUGACAAAUGUUCAACCAUAUUGUGCAUAAUGAUUUCUUUUUUUAUUAUUAUAACCCACUGUAUAAUAGCAAGGAUUGUAUAUAGAACUGAAAAGAUGUAAAUAUUUAUGUGGCUUGCUGCAAGGUUGGUAUUUACAGAAAAACUAUUCGCACUGUUUAAUUCUACAUGCCCACCAGCAAGCUUUGUGGAUAGCAGUGUAACAAUGAAAAUUAAAAAAACACUGCCUUAAUGUUUAAAUAAAAGCUUAUUGCCAUUGAAACUUA